GCCUGUAAAAGUCCUAGUAUUUAGAAGGGAACCAUAAUAGCGUUUUCUGUCUCUCUUUGCAAUUGAUUUUAAAUAAGGAGGAGAGGGAGAGAAAGACGAGAGGGAGAAAAAAAAAGGAGGUAGUGGGAUCUAUCGAUUGAUGGCGUUGAAGGAGACUUUUUACAUAUCGCAUGGUUCGCCGACGCUGUCAAUCGACGAUUCAUUGUCGGCUUGGCAUUUCUUGAGAAGUUUCAAAGAAAACACCUUCUCUCGGAAGCCAUCUUCUAUUCUCGUCAUUUCGGGCCACUGGGAAACCUCCCACCCCACCGUUAACGCCGUCUCUGGCCUCAACGACACCAUCUACGAUUUCUAUAACUUCCCUAAACAAAUGUAUCAGCUCAAGUAUCCGGCACCUGGAGCUCCAGAAUUGGCAAAGAGGGUGAAGGAAGUGCUCAUGGCAUCUGGUUUCAAAAAGGUGAACGAGGAUAAAUCGCGCGGGCUAGACCAUGGUGCAUGGGUUCCACUCAUGCUCAUGUAUCCAGAAGCUGAUAUCCCAGUGUGCCAGCUCUCCAUUCAGCUAGACCAGGACGCAACUUAUCAUUACAACUUGGGAAGGGCAUUGGCCCCUCUCAAGGAGGAAGGUGUCCUCAUUGUUGGUUCUGGAUCUACCACUCACAACUUGAGAUCACUCCGCCGAACUGAUGAUGAUGGUUCCGUUGCUUCUUGGGCAUUGGAGUUUGAUACCUGGCUCAAACAGGCCCUCCUUGAUGGAAGGUACGAAGAUGUAAAUCACUAUGAAGAGAAAGCACCACAUGCAAAGAUUGCACACCCAUGGCCUGAUCACUUCUAUCCACUGCAUGUCGCCAUGGGUGCUGCAGGUGAGAAUGCAAAGGCAGAGCUUAUCCACCAUAGCUGGAGCCUUCAUACUCUUUCUUAUGCCUCCUACAGUUUCACAGCAAAGCCGUAAACAUCUUGUUACAAAAGUGUGCACAUAUGCAUAAUGUGUGACUCUGGUUUUGCUUUCCUUUCUGUUUGAAUAAUUUUAGAUGUAUAUUUGAAUAAAUUUCUUUGGAUUUGUUGUAAACAUGGUACUGCGCACUUGUUUGCAGGCAGAACAAUCAUCUGCUUAAAUGAAGUUUCUUGCUCAA